AUGGAUAAUGAUACUAAGACAUCGAACAUACAAGAAAUCUCUCAAUUAGAACGACAAUUUGGAGAAAAGCUAUACGAGCUGCAAAAUAAUACGGAUACCCUGCGGGUGAUGCAGAAGGAACUUCUGGAAACUCGUCACGCUUUAUAUAGUACAGAAUUAGAACUCGAGAAAGAGCGAAGAGUUUCUCACGAAUUAAGAAUGCAAUUGAAAGCGGCUAUGAAUGCAGUGAACGAAUUACAGCAACAGCAAAUGAAAAAUCAGGUCGAGAGCGUUCAAUCACAAGUCAAAUACGAUGCGAUGGCGAAACAAUAUGACUCUUUAAUGAAUCAAGUCGCGACCGCAAAAGUGCACGAGACCGAAUGUAAAAUACAAAUUCAAAACUUAGAGGAGAGCUUGCGUCAAAAGGAGAUGAGCAACAAGAGAUUGGAGCAAACGUUAAAUGAAAUGGAACAUGAUAAUUUGCGCACUAUUACCAUUAUCGAUCACAAAAUCACGAAACUUUCACAAGAGCAUCAAAAUCUGAAAAAAUCUUGCGAAGCGAUUAUUUGCCUUAACCAACGCUUACAAAUUGUGGAUAUGUGUACACAUGCAAUACAUAAAAAGAAUGAAACAAAAAUUAAAGAUUUAGAAUAUAUGCUAGCUUCAAUGUCAGACAAAAACGUAGAAUUCACAGGCAAACUUGUAAAAUACGAUGUUUGUCCGGAAAAAUAAAUAUUUACUUUCACAAUCUACAUGAAGAAUA